GCAGUGGACGCCGUUACCGAGGCAUUAUAUUUUUAUAGCCUUGCUGCUCAAGUGCCUGACGACAGCUGCAUGGUUUUGAAUUGUCGGAAGGAGACAAAACGAAUACCGUGAUAGCUACUCGGAGAGACACUCGAAUGCUGCCGUCUAAAGUGCAAAGAUAAGAGUCAACUGGCAUCGUACUAUUACUAUGCAUUCAUGUGCUGUCGUUUUCGUCUUCUACAUUAUAUCAGGCAUUUUGGAAAACACAACUAACGCUCAAGAAGUGGAGCCUGCGCCAAAAAACACAACUAACGCUCAAGAAGUGGAGCCUGCGCCAAAGGAUACAGAACCUGAGGAAAAGCCAGAAACUCAAUCUGACGCACCUCGAGCUUCGAUGGCGCCAGAGAAUGGAAAUGAAACUACAUCAACUGUUUCAGAUGGAACAAGUAAAAAUGAUAAAAAUACGUCCUCUGAACAACAUGAGGAAGUAAAAGAUACAAAAGCUGAUACAAAGCCAAAGCCCACAUCUACGCACGGUACGCAACCUGCGACUGUGAAUAUGCCUCCACCUAUCAGCCUUCCAACGAUCCUAAAUACAAGGGGAGGAGGACCCUUUGGCCCAGCGGUCAGAAAUCCUUACUUGGUCCGCCAUGCCUGCAAGUUUUUUGGCAAUUCAUGCUUGCCAACAAAGUCCUGCAAGAACAAUUGGCGCCUACCGCUCCGUGGUUGCAGGAACAAUGAAGUCUGCUGCAACAGUAGAAAAACGAGGAACUGCUCCAAGCUCGGAGGGAAAUGCCGCAACGGUUGCCGCAAUUAUGGUGUUCCGUACCCUGUCGCCAAUUGCAAGAUUAAAUGGGAAAAAUGCUGCAUUCGUGUGCAGUAGCAGGGGCCCAGAGCAAGCUGCCUCGUAAAACGUUUUUCGCGUUUUUUCAUGCCUAAAAUAUUCACUUUCAUGUACAAUAAUAAAGAACUUG